AUGGCUAUUAUUUCAGAGGACCACCUGGGUCUACGACUCCCGAAUCCACCACCGUUGUUGCAUACUCGUGGUCAAUUCGAUCGUCCCUCGACUCCGGCCGAUGGAUUUACCAGUCCUACACAGACACCACAGGGUAGUCCCAGCAAGUCAAGAUUGCCGCCGGGCGCACUCGAUCUGCCCAAUGUCUUCGACAAGGCCAUGAAGCUGACUCCCACUUCCCCCUCCAAAUCGACAUAUAACCACUACAAUCAUCCAAUGUUCUCUGCAGGCAAGAGCGGCGAGGAUUUCAACGAGAGCGUUAUUCACCAAACCCCUUCGAGCCCAACGCGUAGAGCCAACAAGGAGAAUACACCCCCCCAACCCAACGCGUCUCACGAAGGAUCUGGACGCCAGGUGCAGAUGCGCGGCCUCACCCCCGAGGAAAUGGAAAAGCUAGCACAGCCAAAAGUGAAGCGGCUCACUUCCUCGACCACUACUUCGAUCUCCUCAGCUACGUCCACAACCGCCAAACCCGCCACACACAAUUCAAAGCCGCCUACCCCGAUCCCCCCCGCUACCCCCAACGAAGAGCACGAACCCGCCCUCCUAAAAUACCUCGGUCGCGAGCGCGCACACCUGCGGAAGCGUCGCACACGUCUCCGCCAGGGCGACUUCCAGAUCCUGACCCAGGUUGGUCAGGGCGGGUAUGGACAGGUGUAUCUGGCACAGAAGAAGGAUACACGCGAAGUAUGCGCGUUGAAAGUCAUGAGCAAAAAGCUACUGUUCAAGCUGGAUGAGAUUCGUCACAUCCUGACCGAGCGUGAUAUUCUCACUGCGGCCAAGAGCGACUGGCUAGUCAAGCUACUCUAUGCCUUCCAGGAUGACACGCAGAUCUAUUUGGCGAUGGAAUAUGUUCCCGGAGGAGACUUCCGCACGCUGCUGAAUAACACGGGUGUGCUUCAUAAUCGUCACGCACGUUUCUACAUUGCUGAGAUGUUCAGCUGCAUUGACGCGCUGCAUGUUCUGGGAUACAUUCAUCGUGAUUUGAAGCCCGAGAAUUUUUUGAUUGACUCCACGGGUCAUGUCAAGCUGACCGAUUUCGGUCUAGCGGCGGGUAUGUUGAGCCCGGGAAAGAUCGAGUCAAUGCGUGUCAAGCUUGAGGAAGUCGGGAACACGCCUGUUCCCUUUGGUCGGCCGAUGGAACAGCGUACAAUGGCUGAGCGACGUCAAGGAUACCAGUCUCUGCGCCAGCGGGAAGUCAACUACGCCAAGUCGAUUGUCGGAUCGCCAGAUUACAUGGCGCCGGAAGUGCUCAAGGGAGAUCAAUACGAUUUUACUGUGGACUACUGGAGCUUGGGAUGUAUGCUGUUUGAGGCGUUGGCAGGCUAUCCACCCUUCGCAGGCGCCACGGUCGAGGAAACAUGGCAAAACCUGAAGCGCUGGCAGAAGGUGUUGCGAAAGCCCGUUUACGAGGACCCUAAUUACUUCCUGUCACGGCGGACCUGGGAUCUCAUCACGAAACUAGUUGCUGGGAAAGAACAGCGGUUCAAGAAUAUGAAGGAGAUUCAUGCGCACGACUAUUUCGCCGAGGUCGAUUUUGCAACUCUGCGUGAUCAGCGUGCGCCGUUCGUGCCUGAACUUGAUUCAGAGACUGAUGCUGGAUACUUUGAUGACUUCAGCAAUGAGGCAGAUAUGGCCAAGUACAAGGAGGUCCAUGAUAAGCAGCGCGCGCUUGAGGACAUGGCCGAUCGUGAUGACAAGAUGAGCAAGGGCUUAUUCGUCGGGUUUACUUUCCGUCACCGCAAACCCGCUGUCGACAGCAAUGGCCGCAGCAGCUCACCACGGAAGCCUAUCGCGACGGAUGGCACAUUUGGAACAAUGUUCUAG